AUAUUUAUUUUAGGUCGCAACACCGCAAAGAUCUUUUCCCCAAGUUUCAGACAAGCACAGAGAAAAAAUAAAGCAGCAGAGAAAAUUUUCAAGUUUCAAAGCAAAUUUGGAUACUUUGUCAGCAAUAUCUGCAGCUAAAUUGGGAUUGUCUUGUUAGUUCAAAGAUCCAAACAUUUUUGGUUAAUUGUUGCUUUUUGGCGGAAGAAGAUUACUACUAUGGGAGAGGAGCAUCCGAGAAAGCGGUCUCGACAACAUUUUGAAUCGGAGGCGAGACACGUAUCGUUGUUGGAAUCCCCUCAAUGCGAAACCUCCAAGUGGUAUUUCAGCAGGGAAGAGAUUGAGCGUUUCUCUCCAUCCAGAAAAGAUGGGAUUGACCUGGUGAAGGAGUCGUUUUUACGGUCUUCGUAUUGCACCUUCCUGCAAAGACUUGGCAUGAAGCUUCAUGUGUAAGCCCACAAUAGUAUUCUUUGUUGUUUUAUCAUCUAGGAUUAGGAAGUAGUGUUUGUUCUUUGGUUUUUUUGCUAGACAUCUACUUAUGACAUCUUCUUUGUCUUCUGAUAUUUCCUGCUACACUUUUUUAGCUAAAGAGGGUGCCUAAUGCAUGACAAUGGAUAGCCUAACUGUUGAAUUUUGUCGUAGGGCCACUGUGGGAGGUGGUCUGGAGGUUCUCCAACUAUAGAUUCUCCAUUUUUGUCUACAUAUUUAUCUCGUGAAUGGAAGAAUUAUGUAAUAAUAGUCGAAAUUUGGUGUCCAUGCAUCAUAUAUUGACUCACUUCUCAUCGGCAAUGGGAGGCUUUGCAUCUCUUGUGAAUUUGCUUGGGAGCUGUUCACCUGUUUAGACAUGACCUUCUGAUAUAUGUCUUUGUGUUUGUAAUUCUCUGCUGGGUUAUCAAAACCCUCAGCUGUUCCUACCUUUACCAACUGAUGUUCUUAGUUUUCUGAGCAAGUGCACGUCUCUCUCCGGCCCACUAUUUUUGAAUCAUCUAUCAUAGGUCCCAGGUUACAAUAUCAUGUGCAAUGGUGAUGUGCCACAGGUUUUACAUGCGCCAAUCUCAUGCAAAAAAUGACUGGCAGACGAUAGGAACUGCCAGUCUGUUCCUCGCUUGCAAAGCUGAAGAUGAACCAUGUCAACUGUCCAGUGUCGUUGUAGCAUCUUAUGAAAUAAUUUAUGAGUGGGAUCCUUCUGCCUCAAUUAGAAUCCAUCAAACUGACUGUUACCAUGAAUUUAAAGAAAUUAUUUUGGCUGGGGAGAGUCUUUUACUGAGCACAAGUGCUUUCCAUUUAGACAUUGAACUUCCCUACAAACCUCUGGCUGCGGCUUUGAAUAGAUUGAACGCUUGGCCUGACCUUGCAACAGCUGCAUGGAAUUUUGUGCAUGACUGGAUUCGAACCACACUAUGCUUGCAGUACAAACCCCAUGUUAUUGCAACAGCCACUGUGCACCUAGCUGCUACGUUUCAGAACGCUAAAGUAGGCAGCAGAAGAGAUUGGUGGUUGGAGUUUGGAGUAACAACUAAGCUAUUAAAAGAGGUGAUCCAGGAGAUGUGCACACUGAUAGAAAUGGACAGAAGGAGGAAUAUGCCACCUCCACCUCCACCUCCAAGAAGAGAGUUAACAUGGGCAAUACCUGCGGCCGUAAAGCCGGUCCAUAUGGCUAGAGCUUAUCCAUUUCAUAGCUACCCUUUGCAGUCCUCUAGACAGGCUGGCAUCUGGUGAGCCAUUGUUGAGCAGCAUGAAGAUGUAAUCUCUCUUAGAGUCUUGAGUUUGGUUAGCAAAAGAAGAUUCCGUGGAGACUCAUGAGAGAGGCAAUGUAGCAUUUAUAUAGAGAUCCGAGUGAGGUGCUUUUGUCUAAGUUAAGCCUCUCAGGCAUGACCAGAGUGGAUUCUCUCAAGAUUCUUGGUCUUUGUUCUCUUAGAGAGAGAUUAUGUAUAGAAGUGUCCCAUUCACAUGUUAUAAUACUUGUAGACUGCAUAUCGUUGUAUAUCUGGAAUCUAUGUUUUGGGUUUCGUUCAAAAGUUCAAAUUGUUUUUUGACU